AUGUUCCGCCUAGGUCUCCGCCGCGCCUACGCGACCGCCUCGGAGUGCGCCAGCCCCUACUGCGUAAAGGUGUCGAAGGCACAGCGCACCGUGAACGGCUUUGUCGGAGCGAUCGGAAACACGCCCUUGAUCCGCCUCAACAGGGUAAGCGAGGAGACGGGAUGCGACAUCUAUGGCAAGGCGGAGUUUAUGAACCCGGGGGGGUCUGUCAAAGACAGAGCCGCGCUGUACCUCGUCAAGGAGGCGGAAGAGAAGGGCCUUCUCGCGCCCGGCGGGACCGUCGUUGAGGGCACGGCGGGCAACACGGGGAUUGGGCUGGCGCAUGUGUGUCGCUCUAAAGGGUACAAGUGCGUCAUCUAUAUGCCGGACACGCAGUCGCAGGGGAAGAUUGAUCUGCUGAGGUUGUUGGGCGCGGAGGUGUAUCCGGUGCCGGCUGUCGCCUUCGAGAACCCCCAAAACUACAACCACCAAGCCCAGCGCCACGCCGCCUCCCUCCCCAACGCCGUCUGGACCAACCAAUUCGACAACACCGCCAACCGGCGCGCCCACAUCGAGACCACCGGCCCGGAGAUCUGGUCGCAGCUCGCUGGCCGCGUCGACGCCUUCACCUGCGCCACCGGCACCGGCGGCACCCUCGCCGGCGUCACCCGCUACCUCAAAGAAGUCUCGGACGGGCGCACCGAGUGCGUCCUCGCGGACCCGCCCGGCAGCGUGCUGCACAGCUACAUCCAGUCCGGCGGGAAGCUGGUCGAGCGCUCAGGUUCGUCAAUCACCGAGGGCAUCGGCCAGGGGCGGGUUACGGAUAACCUGCGGCCCGAGGUGAAGCUGCUGAACGGGAGCGUGAAGGGGCUGUAUAUGGGUGCGAGUAGCGCGCUGAAUGUGGUUGCGGCGGUGGAGGUGGCGAGGAGGAUUGGGCCGGGGAAGACGGUGGCGACGGUGUUGUGUGAUGGCGCGUAUAGGUAUGCGGAUAGGCUGUUUAGUAGGUCGUGGUUGGAGGGGAAGGGGCUGUGGGGGGCGGUGCCGGAGCGGUUGAGGAAGUAUGCCGUGCUGGCGUAG